GAGUUCCAGAACGGGACGUCUGGCGGGACUCUGGAUCCCCAGGUCCCGUCUCGACUGGAAUUCCGAUCUCGAGAUCCCGGGAUCGGCCGCCCCAGGUGCCUGCCCCGCCAGAGAUUCCCUCGCUCUCGGCGCCCUAGCGCCCUCGCAUGGCGGGGCCGUGCCCCCGGUCCGGACCCCUGGAGCGCGCGGGCAGUUGCUGGCAGGACCCACUGGCCGAGGCGCUGAGUCGGGGCCGGCCGGCCACUGUGCCCCCGGGCCGGGGCUGCACGCGGAGCCGGCCGCUGAGAGUGGUCUACGUGCUGACUCGGGAGCCGCGGCCCGCGGUGGAGCCCGGGGCCGGAGCCGAGGCGGAGCCGCUGCCGCUGCGCUGUCUGCGCGAGGCCUGCGCGCAGCUCCCGGGACCGCGGCCGCCGCCGCAGCUGCGCACCCUGCCUUUCGGGACGCUGGCGCUGGGCGACACCGCCGCGCUCGACUCCUUCUACAACGCGGAUGUGGCGGUGCUGGAGGUGAGCAGCUCCCUGGCGCAGCCCUCCCUGUUCUACCACCUCGGCGUGCGGGAGAGCUUCAGCAUGACCAACAACGUGCUGCUCUGCUCCCAGGCCGACCUCCCGGACCUGCAGGCCCUGCGCGAAGAUGUUUUCCAGAAGAAUUCGGAUUGCGUUGGCAGCUACACGCUGAUCCCCUAUGUGGUGACGGCCACUGGUCGGGUGCUGUGUGGCGAUGCAGGCCUCCUGAGGGGCCUGGCCGACGGGCUGGUUCAGGCGGGUAUGGGCACUGAGGCCCUGCUCACUCCCCUGGUGGGCCGGCUCGCCCGCCUGCUGGAGGCCACCCCCACAGACUCUUGUGGCUACUUCCGGGAGACCAUUCGGCAGGACAUCCGCCAGGCACGGGAGCGCUUCAGCGGGCAGCGGCUGCGGCAGGAGCUGGCCCGCCUGCAGCAGAGACUGGACAGCGUGGAGCUGCUGAGCCCGGACAUCGUCAUGAACCUGCUGCUGUCCUACCGAGACGUGCAGGACUACUCGGCCAUCAUUGAGCUGGUGGAGACGCUGCAGGCUCUGCCCACCUGUGACGUGGCUGAGCAGCACAAUGUGUGCUUCCACUACACCUUCGCCCUCAACCGGAGGAACAGGCCCGGGGACCGGGAGAAGGCGCUGGCUGUGCUGCUGCCCCUAGUGCAGUGCGAGGGCUCCGUGGCGCCCGACCUGUACUGCAUGUGCGGCCGCGUCUACAAGGACAUGUUCUUCAGCUCCGGCUUCCGGGACGCUGGGUGCCUGGAGCAGGCCUAUCACUGGUACCGCAAGGCUUUCGACGUGGAGCCCAGCCUGCACUCGGGCAUCAACGCAGCUGUGCUGCUCAUGGCUGCCGGCCAGCACUUUGAGGACUCGGAGGAGCUCCAGCUUAUAGGCAUGAAACUGGGCUGCCUUCUGGCCCGCAAGGGCUGCGUGGAGAAGAUGCAGUAUUACUGGGAUGUAGGUUUCUACCUGGGAGCCCAGAUCCUCGCCAAUGACUCCACGCAGGUGGUGCUGGCCGCAGAGCAGCUGUACAAGCUCAAUGCCCCCAUAUGGUACCUGGUGUCGGUGAUGGAGACCUUCCUGCUGUAUCAGCACUUCAGACCCACGCCCGAGCCCCCUGGCGGCCCCCCGCGCCGCGCCCACUUCUGGCUGCAUUUCUUGCUGCAGUCCUGCCAGCCUCUCAAGACGGCCGCUCCUCCCGGAAACCAGUGCUCUGUGCUCGUGGUGGAGAUGAGCAAGGUGCUGCUGCCCGCGAGGCUGGAGGUCCAGGGCAAGGCCCUGGUGAAGGCGGUGGCCCUGAGCCUGCUGGAGCCGGAGACCCAGGGCGAUCCUUCCGGCUGGACCUUCCCAGUCGCCUCCAUCUGUGGGGUCAGCGCCUCCAAGCGGGACGAGCGCUGCUGCUUCCUCUACGCACUGCCGCCGGCUCAGGACAUGCAGCUGUGCUUCCCCAGCGUGGGGCACUGCCAGUGGUUCUGCGGCCUGAUUCAGGCCUUGGUGACCAAUGCGAACGCCUCGACGCCCGCAGAGGAGGCGGAGGGCGUGGGGGAGGUGCUGGAGUUUGAUUAUGAGUACACGGAGAGUGGCGAGCGGCUCGUGCUGGGCAAGGGCACGUACGGGGUGGUGUACGCGGGCCGCGAGCGGCAUACGCGGGUACGCAUCGCCAUCAAGGAGAUCCCGGAGCGGGACCGCAGGUUCUCUCAGCCCCUGCACGAAGAGAUCGCGCUUCACAAACGCCUGCGCCACAAGAACAUCGUGCGCUACUUGGGCUCCGCCAGCCAGGGCGGCUAUCUCAAGAUCUUCAUGGAGGAAGUGCCUGGAGGCAGCCUGUCCUCCUUGCUGCGGUCAGUGUGGGGGCCCCUGAAGGACAACGAGAGCACCAUCAGCUUCUACACCCGCCAGAUCCUGCAGGGUCUCAGCUACCUGCAUGACAACCACAUUGUGCACCGCGACAUCAAGGGAGACAAUGUGCUGAUCAACACCUUCAGUGGCCUGCUCAAGAUUUCUGACUUUGGCACCUCCAAGCGGCUGGCGGGCAUCACACCCUGUGCUGAGACCUUCACAGGGACUCUGCAGUACAUGGCCCCAGAAAUCAUUGACCAGGGCCCACGCGGGUAUGGGAAGGCAGCUGACAUCUGGUCGCUGGGCUGCACAGUGAUCGAGAUGGCCACAGGCCGCCCACCUUUCCACGAGCUAGGGAGCCCACAGGCUGCCAUGUUUCAGGUGGGCAUGUACAAGGUGCACCCACCAAUGCCUGCUUCUCUGUCAGCCGAGGCUCAAGCCUUCCUCCUUCGAACUUUUGAGCCGGACCCCCGGCUCAGAGCCAGUGCCCAGGCACUGCUGGGGGACCCCUUCCUGCAGCCUGGGAAGAGGAGUCGCAGCCCUAGCUCCCCCCAGCCUUCUCUCCCGCCCUCAGGAGUCCCUGCGGCCAGCCCCACUCCUUCAGCCGACUCCGCCACCCAGUCCCAGACAUUCCCAAGUCCUCAGGCACCCCCUCAGGGCUCUGCCAGCCCCCCGAAGCGCUGCCUCAGUUAUGGCGGCACCAGCCAGCUCCGGGUGCCCGAGGAGCCAGGGGUGGAGGAGCCCACGCCCUCGGAGGAGAGCUCGGGGCUCAGCCUGCUGCACCAGGAGAGCAAGCGCCGGGCCAUGCUGGCGGCGGUGCUGGAGCAGGAGCUGCCCGAGCUGGCGGAGAGUCUGCGCGGGGAGAAGGAGCAGGGUUCCCGUCUGGACCGGAUCCAUGUGGAACAGCUGCUGCGCUGCCUCGGAGCCCACAUCCACACUCCCAACCGCCGGCAGCUGGCCCAGGAGCUGCGGGCGCUGCAAGGGCAGCUGCGGGCCCGGGGCCUGGGGCCUACACUUCUGCACGGCCCGCUCUUCGCCUUCCCGGAUGCGGUGAAGGAGAUCCUCCGCAGGCGCCAGAUCCGCCCGCACUGGAUGUUCGUGCUGGACUCGCUGCUCAGCCGCGCCGUCCGGGCAGCCCUGGCAGUGCUGGUCCCAGAGGUGGAGAAGGAGACAGGCUCGCCGAGGUCAGCGGAGUCGGGGAAAGAGGAGUCCCUGCAGCAGCAGGAGACCAGGAUCCGGCUGAGCCCGCUCCCGGGGGAGCCCGCGCAGGGGCCCCCGCCCCUGAUAGUGCAGCUGGGUCUCCUGCGAGCCGAGACGGACAGGCUUCGAAAUGUCCUUGUGGAGAAGGAGCGCGAGUGCCAGAACCUGGUGCAGCGGGCUCUGCAGCGGGUGAAUGAGGAGGCCGGGACCUGGGCCCUGGCCUCCGGGCCGCCAGGUGCUCUUGCUACAGACGAGAGCCUGGUCCAGUGGCUCCAGGAACUGUGCGUGGAUUCAGGGACCAUCCAAACGCUGCUGAGCCACAGUUUCACCCUGCACACCCUGCUUACCUGCGCCACUCGAGACGACCUCGUCUACACCCACAUCAGGGGAGGGAUGGUGUGCCGGAUCUGGAGAGCCAUCUUGGCACAGCGAGCAGGAUCCACGCCAGUUACCCCUGGGCCCCGGGAGGCUGACUGAGGGCCUCUGGGGCGGCACUGACCACGGAUGCGUGAAUGCAGAAGAGCCAGGCAGCUUCUCACACUUCCGCCCCAAGACCUGGGCAACUGAGGAAGGCCGGCGGCUGGGGCCAGGUCAGGCCCAGGCCUCGCCCCAGUGGGGGGAACCGCGCACACUGUGCACCACCAAAGACUAUUAAACAGGACACGUUGGUACCCUCGUCUUGGCAA